UGUUUAAAUAGUGGUUCAUCGUUCACUUUGUCUUCUUCUUCCUCCGUCUCUCCGGCAAAAAUCACGAUGUCGACUGGAACACUUUACACUUACCCUGAAAACUUCCGCGCUUACAAGGCCCUUAUUGCGGCCCAGUACUCUGGCGCAAAGGUGAAAGUGGCCGAUAACUUCAAGUUUGGCGAAACCAACAAGUCGGCGGACUUCCUCAAGAAGUUCCCCAGCGGCAAGGUGCCAGCAUUUGAGACCGACGAUGGCAAAUUCUUGAGCGAGUCUAAUGCCAUUGCCUACUUUGUGGCCAACGAACAAUUGCGCGGUGGCAAAUGCCCCUACGUGCAGGCCCAAGUCCAGCAAUGGAUCUCGUUUGCUGACAACGAAAUCGUGCCUGCCUCCUGCGCCUGGGUUUUCCCCUUGCUAGGCAUUGUGCCCCAGCAGAAGAACAACACCGCCAAGCAGGAUGCUGAAGUUGUGCUCCAACUGCUCAACCAGAAACUGCUCAAUGCCACCUACCUCGCCGGUGAGCGUAUCACCCUGGCCGAUAUUAUUGUGUUCAGCAGCUUGCUGCAUCUGUACGAACACGUCCUAGAGCCAAGUGUACGCAAGCCCUUCGGCAACGUAAACCGUUGGUUCCUUACCAUCUUGAAUCAGCCACAGGUGCAGGCUGUGGUCAAGGACUACAAACUGUGUGAGAAGGCUCUGGUCUUCGAUCCCAAGAAGUACGCUGAAUUCCAAGCCAAGGUUGGCGGCGGCAAGCCACAGCAGCAAAAGCAAGAAAAGAAGAAGGAGGAGAAGAAGCCCAAAGAGAAGAAGGAGCAAGAACCGGCCGAGGAACUGGAUGCCGCUGAUGAGGCAUUGGCUUUAGAGCCCAAAUCGAAGGAUCCCUUUGAUGCAUUGCCCAAGGGCACCUUCAACUUUGAUGACUUCAAGCGCGUCUACUCCAACGAGGAUGAGGCCAAGUCCAUUCCCUAUUUCUUUGAGAAGUUCGAUCCUGAGAACUACUCCAUCUGGAUCGGUGAAUACAAGUACAACGACGAGUUGGCCAAAGUGUUCAUGUCGUGCAAUCUCAUCACCGGCAUGUUCCAGCGCUUGGAUAAGAUGCGCAAGGCUGCCUUUGCCUCAGUCUGUCUUUUCGGUGAGGAUAACAACAGCACCAUCUCAGGUAUUUGGGUGUGGCGUGGACAGGAUCUGGCCUUCACUCUGUCGCCCGACUGGCAGAUAGACUACGAGGUCUACGACUGGAAGAAACUGGAUGCCAAGAGCGAGGAGACCAAGAAGCUGGUUACCCAGUACUUCUCAUGGUCCGGCACCGAUAAGGAUGGUCGCAAAUUCAACCAGGGCAAGAUCUUCAAAUAAAUCAAUCACCAUCGCCAACUACAACAACAUGAGAACGAAUUAACAACCGCAUUCUACAAACUUUGAGAUUCAUUCUACAGCGAGAGGAGAAGACGACGAUGAAGAUUGGGAUAACACACCUGUGCCCCUUAAAACAUAUUUAACUUAAGUUUCAACUGAUAAAAAAUACCAUAUAAUGGAGAGACAACUGCACGCCACCCAACUGUGCCCUGGUUCGAUUUUGUGUUGUUUAAUUUACCUUUUCUGCAUUUGUGUAAACUGAAGAAAAUUGUUUUUAUAAAGCGCUCAUAUGCAUAUACAUAUAUAUCAGAACAGCCAGAAAAUAUAAUUUAUAUAAAAAAAUAAAUACUUUGGAUUACGCUUUUUGCCUUUACAAAAACAACAAAACUAUUAAAGAAUACAAUACUUUCAUAUUCCUUUUUAAUAA